CGGAGGCCGCGCGGGCUCGGGGGCGGCCAUGGCGGCGCACCUGAAGAAGCGCGUGUACGAGGAGUUCACCAAGGUGGUCCAGCAGCAACAGGAGGAGAUUGCUACUAAGAAACUGCGACUGACAAAGCCAAGUAAGUCUGCGGCACUGCACAUAGACCUGUGUAAAGCCACCUCCCCGGCCGAUGCGCUGCAGUACCUCCUCCAGUUUGCCAGAAAGCCUGUGGAGGCAGAAAGUGUGGAGGGAGUCGUGAGGAUUCUCUUGGAACAUUAUUACAAGGAAAAUGAUCCAUCUGUGAGAUUGAAAAUCGCAUCAUUAUUGGGUUUAUUAUCAAAGACUGCAGGUUUCUCACCAGACUGCAUUAUGGAUGAUGCUGUUAACAUACUGCAGAAUGAAAAGUCUCAUCAAGUUCUAGCUCAAUUGCUGGACACUUUGCUUGCAAUUGGUACCAAACUACCAGAGAAUCAAGCCAUUCAGUCACGAUUAGUUGAUGUAGCCUGCAAGCACUUGACAGAUACCUCCCAUGGUGUAAGAAACAAGUGCCUGCAGUUACUUGGAAAUCUUGGUUCUCUGGAGAAAAGUGCUACAAAAGAUGCAGAAGGCCUAACUGCCAGAGAUGUUCAGAAGAUUAUAGGGGAUCACUUCAGUGAUCAGGACCCUCGUGUCAGAACAGCAGCUAUAAAAGCCAUGUUGCAGCUCCACGAAAGAGGACUGAAAUUACACCAAGCAAUUUAUAAUCAGGCCUGUAAAUUGCUCUCGGAUGACUACGAGCAGGUUCGCAGUGCUGCUGUCCAGCUCAUCUGGGUGAUCAGCCAGCUGUAUCCUGAAAGCAUUGUUCCAAUCCCCUCUUCUAAUGAAGAGAUUCGCUUAGUUGAUGAUGCAUUUGGAAAAAUCUGUCACAUGGUCAGCGAUGGUUCUUGGGUGGUUCGUGUUCAAGCUGCAAAGCUAUUGGGCUCUAUGGAACAAGUCAGUUCUCAUUUCUUGGAGCAGACCCUUGAUAAGAAGCUGAUGUCAGACCUGAGGAGGAAACGUACUGCACACGAACGUGCCAAGGAACUUUACAGUUCAGGAGAGUUUUCCAGUGGCAGGAAAUGGGGAGAUGAUGCUCCCAAGGAGGAAAUAGAUACAGGGUCUGUGAAUUUGAUCGAGUCUGGAGCUUGUGGAGCCUUUGUUCAUGGGCUGGAAGAUGAGAUGUAUGAGGUUCGCAUUGCUGCCGUGGAAGCUCUCUGCAUGCUGGCCCAGUCUUCACCGUCUUUUGCUGAAAAGUGCCUUGAUUUCUUGGUCGACAUGUUUAAUGAUGAAAUUGAGGAAGUACGUCUACAGUCCAUACAUACCAUGAGGAAAAUCUCUAACAAUAUCACCCUCCGAGAAGAUCAGCUUGACACCGUCCUGGCUGUUUUAGAGGAUUCAUCCAGAGAUAUUAGAGAGGCUCUUCAUGAACUCUUAUGCUGCACUAAUGUUUCAACCAAAGAAGGCAUUCAUCUUGCACUGGUGGAGCUGCUGAAGAAUUUAACCAAAUACCCCACCGACAGGGACUCCAUAUGGAAGUGCUUGAAGUUUCUGGGAAGUCGACACCCAACCCUGGUGCUGCCUUUGGUGCCGGAACUCUUGAGCAAGCACCCGUUUUUCGACACAGCGGAACCUGACAUGGAUGACCCAGCCUACAUUGCCGUUUUGGUUCUUAUUUUCAAUGCUGCUAAAACCUGCCCCACAAUGCCAGCAUUAUUCUCGGAUCACACCUUCAGGCACUAUGCUUACCUUCGAGACAGUCUUUCUCACCUCGUUCCUGCCUUAAGGUUACCAGGUAGAAAACUAGUGUCCUCGUCCGUCUCCCCCAGUCUCGCGCCCCAUGAGGAUCCUUCCCAGCAGUUCCUGCAGCAGAGUCUGCAGAGAGUGUAUAGUCUUCAGCAUCUUGACCCUCAGGGAGCCCAGGAACUGCUGGAGUUCACUAUCAGAGAUCUACAAAGACUUGGAGAACUUCAGUCUGAAUUAGCAGGAGUUGCUGAUUUCUCUGCUACCUAUCUUAGGUGUCAACUACUUCUCAUCAAGGCCUUGCAGGAAAAGCUGUGGAAUGUGGCGGCCCCUUUGUAUCUAAAGCAGAGUGAUUUGGCCUCAGCAGCAGCAAAACAGAUCAUGGAAGAGACUUACAAAAUGGAGUUCAUGUACAGUGGUGUGGAGAAUAAACAGGUGGUGAUUAUACACCACAUGAGGCUGCAGGCCAAAGCGUUGCAACUUAUAGUGACUGCAAGAACAACUCGAGGAGUUGAUCCCUUAUUUGAGAUGUGUGAAAAGUUUUUACAGGAAGUGGACUUUUUUCAGAGAUGUUUCAUUGCUGAUUUGCCCCACUUGCAAGACAGCUUUGUGGACAAACUUCUCGACCUAAUGCCCCGACUCAUGACAUCCAAACCUGCAGAAGUGGUCAAAAUUCUGCAGACGAUGCUGCGGCAGAGUGCCUUCCUGCACCUCCCCCUUCCCGAGCAGAUCCACAAAGCCUCAGCCACUAUCAUUGAACCAGCGGGCGAGUCAGACAACCCUUUGCGGUUUACCUCAGGGCUGGUGGUGGCUUUAGAUGUCGAUGCGACCUUGGAACAUGUGCAGGAUCCACAGAGCUCUGUAAAGGUCCAGGUUCUAUAUCCCGAUGGCCAGGCUCAGGUGAUCCACCCCAAGCCUGCCGACUUCCGGAAUCCUGGCCCGGGCCGGCACCGGCUCAUCACGCAGGUGUACCUUUCCCACACUGCCUGGACAGAGCCGUGUCAGGUAGAAGUCCGGCUGCUGCUGGCCUACAGCUCCAGUGCCCGCAUCCCCAGGUCGCCCUGGAUGGAGGCUGGGGAGGGCCCUCCGCAGGUGGAGACGAGCAGCGAAGGCUGCAUCCCGUUCAGCAAGCCCGUGAAGGUCUACAUAAUGCCGAAGCCUGCCCGGCGCUGACUGCCCGGCCCUCCUCCCGCCCUGGCCCACAAGCCCUGCCUCGGUACUGGCGGCCAGAAGCGUGGAGCACUCCACCUGGACACGGCGUAAAUAACUCGUGGCCCUUACCGUCUCGCGUGGCAGCACACACAGGAGACAUUAUUUUUAUAUUAGAAAGGCAAAACUUUCAUGUUUACAACACGCCCUCCCCCCCGAAAUAAAGUUGUUCUUCUGAUCCU